CUCCUGCUUCACGUACAAGACGCCAUGGACGCGCGAUCCCUAGGCCUGAACAUGCCCGGCAUGGGAGGCAACAGAGCUGCCAUCGGUGCCGACCAACCUCUCGUCGACAAUGCAGGCGUUCUUUCGCGCAACUAUAGAAACUGUCUACAUCUCCUCACUUGCAUUACUCAAGAUGCUCAAACACGGGCGCGCAGGAGUACCCAUGGAAGUCAUGGGCCUCAUGUUGGGUGAAUUUGUUGAUGACUAUACCGUCCACGUGGUGGAUGUCUUUGCAAUGCCUCAAUCCGGUACAGGUGUGUCCGUUGAAGCAGUCGAUCCUGUCUUUCAGCAAAAAAUGAUGGAAAUGCUCAAACAAACAGGCAGGCCAGAGAUGGUAGUUGGCUGGUACCACUCACAUCCUGGCUUCGGGUGCUGGCUCUCGAGCGUGGAUAUCAACACACAACAGUCCUUUGAGCAAUUAACACCGCGCGCCGUCGCAGUGGUCAUUGAUCCAAUCCAAUCAGUGCGUGGCAAAGUCGUGAUUGAUGCAUUCCGUCUCAUCAACCCGAGUAGUCUCAUGAUGGGUCAAGAACCGCGUCAGAGUACAUCCACUGUGGGUCACUUGAACAAACCAACCAUUCAUGCACUGAUUCAUGGCCUCAACCGACACUACACCUCUUCCAUUAUUGAUUACAAAAAGACCAAACAAGAUGAAACGAUGCUGUUGAGUUUGCACAAGCAGGGCUGGGGAUCUGGCUUGGCUAUUGACUAUAAGGGGCAGGAAGACCUGCAACCAACAUUGAUUCAGACGAUGCCCAAGUUGGCGGAGAAGUACGUUGAGAGUGUCAAGGAAGAAGCAACAGCUACACCGGAACAAUUAAAGACGCGCUUUGUGGGUAAGCGUGAUCCGAAGCGGCAUCUGCAGGAGAGUGUGGAUGAUGUGAUGGAGAAGAAGAUUCCAUUCAUGCUCUCAUCUGUCAUUGCGUCGUCGUUUUAGCUCCUCAUCUACAUAGCAUGAAAGUCAUGAUGAUUUGAAAGAUUGUAUUGUUUGACUAUAUAGAGUCACUGCUGGAUCGUCAUCGUUCGAUACCUCAGACCAACCGUGCCUGUCAUCGCCAUAGUCCAGCAAUACAGAGAGUGCAUACAAUGCAUGCUUCUUAAACGAGCAACUUUUCAAUCGCAUUCUU